AUGGCUCACGAGGACGAGAACAAGAAGGCUUGGGAGAAGGGUGGCGCAAAGUACAACAGCAAAUCAUACAGCGAAUACUUUGAUCCUUGUCAAGAAGCCGCCGAUAGAAGUUUGAGGUGUCUGCGAAGAAAUGGUGGCGAUAAGUCAUUGUGUUCAGACUACUUUGAAGCAUAUCGCGAGUGCAAGAAGCAAUGGAUGGCAGAGAUGAAGGAGGAAAAGAGGAAGCAGGGAAGAUGGUGGUAG